CCAUUGUGUCUCGUCCGGAUGGACUUACUAUGUAGUUAUACUCCUGCUCGUGUUUCGACAACAGUGUUCACAGAAAUAAAUCCGCGCGCACCCCGCCGCCGCGCGGUGACCCGCAUCGCGUCACGUGGUCCGCUCUGCGCCAUCAUACUCAUUAUGUUUCUGUUCGUGUAAGACUCAACAAGUCAGUUCACAGAUCAGUGUGUUUUUACGCAAUGCCAAAGCACAGGAAACGUCGUAAUUCUUCGAGGGAGGAUCUAUCGAGUUCUUCUAGGAAGAGAAGACGUAGACAUCACGAGUCAACGCGGGAAAAAGCGCGUAACCCCUCCAACAGCCCGCCUAACCUCUUCGGCCACGCGCCCGGCAAUAUCUCAUCGCAGCAACAUGUAAGACUGUUAGAAACUUUUAACGAGUUUCUCGUUUUCAUGAAAAAUCGAGAGCUUCCAGCAGGAACAGCCGUUCCGCAGAAACACGACAGAUUGGCGAAUCUAGUUUCUUUGGCGGGAAUCUCGACAGAUUCAGGCGAUGUGUCUCACACUCCCGAAAGGCUCGCAGACGAACAGACGACCAGUAACGGUCGGGGCAGCGAACCAGGGAGUGCUGACGUUCUUAGUCCAGCGAGAACUAACAACGUCGUAUUUAACGAUGCCAUAAUAAUGGAUACUAGCAAAACGAACGCUAUCGGAGAAACGACGGGCCCAGACUCCUUCGUCUUAGAACUGUUCGGCGAACAAAUUCAGCGGCCUCCGACCGCAUCAUGGCUACCAGGUAUUCUUAGCACUGCAAAAACCGACGUUCGCACAGGGCUUAAAAACGAGUUGAGAGACGCACUCCUCGUUAAGUACGAACCGAAAGAGGAUCUGGUUUUUCUCAGCCCGCCUAAAUUAAAUGGGGAAAUUCUCCCUAACCUAGGCAGUACGGCUAGGGUUCGAGACAAGCAUCAACUGCAGGCUCAGGCUCAAGUAGGAGCAUCGCUAAACGCCAUCGGCUCAGGUUUUUCAGAUUUGGCAAAUCUUGAAAUCCUUCAGGUUUCGGAAGAAGCGAGAAAUGCAGCCACAAAACUUGCGGAGGGCAUUCGUCUCUUAGCAGAUCAUCAUUACCGCUUGUCGCAAGCAAGACGAGCAUUUAUUGUCCCAUCACUCAAUUUUUUGGCAAAAACGGUAUCAGAUGCAGCAGUGGUAGACGACUGCCUUUUUGGGGCCAACUUUGCUGAGCAAAUUAGUACCGCUCAGACGGUCGAAAAAGUCGCUCGCAAAAUGGUCAGAAAAUCACAACCACCGACACAGUCAACUCAACGCCAGAAGAAUAUACAACAAAAAUCAAAAAACCCGAUGGGCCCUCCUCGCAGAAUUCCGUCGACUCAUCAACCGAGGAGGGACAACUCUCAACAUCAGAGUCGCAGCAGGAGAGCCAGGUCUCAUUCCAGACCACGGACACGCCGUUAAAUCCGGUAAGGUCGGCAGGCCGAUUAGCCUUG